UAAUACACUAUUUGUAUAUUAAAUUAUUAGACGGUCAUAAAUUCAACUCUAAUAUCAAUACAUUCUCUUUCAAUUCAUUAAAAUGUCAAAAUGUUGCAAAUCUCAUCUUAGAAUAGAAAUAACAGAGAGAUUAUUUAUGGUGAACACAUAUGAAUGUCACCCCUAGUAUGCUAGUACCUAUCGUUCCCCACCGAACAGACAUUUACAGACGACAGUUGAUGAAACACUGUUUGCUGAGUUUGAAGUUGCAUGAUAUGAUAUGAUGUUUUUUCAUAUCUAAAUCAGCUCACUCGUCAGCAGUAUAAAACCACUGAGUUUUUGCUUGAUUUCUAACCUUAUCUGCCUCAUUACAAGAAUCAUGAAUCAAUCCAUUAAAAUUAAGCAUACUUUAUAAUUUUCUAAUUUUCUAGGGCUUCUAUUGAUAAGUUAUUGUUGGCCGUCAGCUUCAAGAAAAGAGAAGCAAUUCAAUGGGUCGUUCUCGUGUUUUUCAUUCUGAUGAAGACCCAACUCAAAGGUCAAGAAGGAAAAAGAAUGUCUCUAGUGGAGAAAGUAUAGAAUCUGCUCUUGGAGGGCAAGGGACAGGUGAUGGAAAGAAGGCUUUAUACCAUUGCAACUACUGCAAUAAAGAUAUUACCGGUCGAAUUCGUAUCAAAUGUGCAAUGUGUCCCGAUUUCGACUUGUGCAUAGAGUGCUUCUCUGUCGGAGUUGAAAUGACUCCUCACAAAAGUAAUCAUCCUUACAGAGUUAUGGAUAGUUUAUCCUUCCCGUUGAUUUCUCCUGAUUGGAAUGCAGAUGAAGAGAUACUACUCUUGGAGGGGCUUGAAAUGUACGGUCUUGGAAACUGGGCUGAGGUUGCGGAGCAUGUGGGCACAAAGAACAAAGAGCAGUGCAUUAACCACUACAGAAGUGUGUACCUGAAUUCACCAUUUUUCCCUCUCCCGGACAUGUCUCAUGUUGUUGGUAAAAACCGGAACGACCUUCUUGCUAUGGCAAAGGAAAACGAUGAAGAUAGAAAAGGUUCAACUCUAUUUGGUGAUCAUAUUGUGAAAACAGAGCCUACAUUUUCUCCUUCCAGAGUCAAAGUUGAUGAAUUGCCAAAAGGAGGUCCACCGAGCCGCUUAUUAUCCGUGCAAAAUGCAGAUUCUCAUGUAAAUCCUAUUGGAAAGAAACCUCCAAAGGAGGAAGAUUCCUCCUUGGUGAGUUUAAGCGGGUUCAGCCUUAAACGCCAUGAAUUUGAUCCGGAAUAUGACAUCGAUGCUGAGCAGCUUCUUGCAGAGAUGGAAUUCAAGGAUGCUGAUACUGAAGAUGAGCGUGAAUUGAAGUUGCGAGUGCUGCGCAUUUACUCAAAAAGGCUUGAUGAGAGAAACAGAAGAAAGGAUUUCAUUUUUGAGAGAAAUUUGCUUCAUCCCAGUCCUUUUGAGAAAGAUUUGUCUCCUGAAGAGAAGGCAAUAUGCCGCCGAUAUGAUCCAUUCAUGCGGUUCCAUUCUAAGGAAGAGCACGAAGAUAUGCUACAGGCUGUCAUUGCAGAACACCGCACUCACAAGCGAAUUUUGGAACUUGAGGAAGCUCGAGCUGUUGGUUGUCGUACAUCUGCUGAGGCAGAUAAGUAUUUUGAGCUUAAGAGGAAAAGAGAAGCUGAAGAAAGUUCCCGUAGAGCAAAAGAGAGUGCUCAACUUGGUCCAGCCAGUCAGUUAGGACAAAAUGCUGCUAUGACCUCUGAAACUGUGAAGGAUCCAGGUUCGCUAAUACAUGAGUUAGAUAUAGGAAGAUAUCCGGGUGAAGAAUUGCUUUCUGAAGCUGAAAAGCAGCUCUGCCAUGAGACCAAGAUAUCCCCGCAUCAGUAUCUGAAGAUGCAGGAGACCAUAUCUGUUAAAAUCUUCAGCGGCAAUGUAACUAGUAAUGUGGAUGCACACUGCCUGUUUGAUAUUGAACCAGGCAAAAUCGACCGUAUAUAUGAUAUGCUAAUAAGAAAGGGUGUUGCUCCGCCAUAAGAAGAGAUCAUAGUUUUACCAUCACCACAGGUUGUUUGUAAUUGUUACAAGAAGGAUUCCAUCCACAUAAACGCAAUAGGGUACAAAACUUUGCUUUUUUAGACCACAGGAUAUGUCACCAUGAUAAAUCAGCUUUACAGUUAUCUUGCGUUCCCCUUAACACACCCCCUCCUUUCAAAGCUUCGAUCUUCCCUGUUGUAUUAUAUGUCUUAUCUUGUUUACCAAUAAUGUAAUCAUAUAAUAAUCUGUCUUUACUUUUUCUGUUUGUUUGUUUUGUGAUGAUUCAGAAUAAUCAAAUUAGAUGACCAAAUAAAGCCUUUAUAUUUUACUA